UAUAUAAUAAGUUUUCUAACCUUGUCAACAAAAUCAAAAUAUAUCAAGUAGUUGUUAAAGUUUAAAUAACCGCGCAUUGAUGUUGAGCUUCGUAAUCGUGUGAAUGACAAUGUUCAUUAAAAUAGGAGCUGUACAAUAGCGUAUAGAUAUUAUAUACUUUGAACAACUAAAAAUUAUAUUUAAACAUAUAGCUGCUCAAAUUCGAAUGCGCGCCGCGAAUUGUAAAAUUGCUGAUCGCGGUGAAUGUUCACAAAGAAGAAGAAGCACUCAAAGUGCUGCUGCAUUUCCAUUGUUUGUAUGCCAUUAAAUUAGUUUUAGGCUAUGGAUAAAUGUCCUCGCUGCAAAUGCGAGGCAACUGGGCAGAAUCGACUGGUUACUGACAGUUGUGGCCACAGCAAAUGUCGCAUAUGUCUGCUAGCCGAUGUAGCCAAUUGUCUGGAAUGUGAGGAAACUGCAACAAAGCCAAUUGACACAGAUCAGUCAGCGCCCACUACAGAUAAUCAUAUAACCAGCACGGACCAAGGCUAUCACUGCAAUGUGUGCAAUAAAUCAUUUCGCAGUCGAACGCAGCAAUAUUAUCAUCGUGCCUGUGCGAAUGAGAUGCUCAAGAAAUUCGCUUGUACGCAAUGUAGUCGCCGCUUUACCACACGUUCGCAUCUAAAAUACCAUGUCGAGAGCCACAAUAGCAAUGCCAGUUAUUGUUGCAAGCAGUGUGGCAAGACUUUCAAGCAACAGUGUGUGCUACAGCGUCACAUGCGCUGUCAUAAACAAGUCACAUAUUGUUGCACCCACUGCCAAAGAUUGUAUCGCUCGCAGAGCGCUCUGCAAGCUCAUGCUGUGGUUCACACUGGCAGCAGUUUGCCUUUCAAAUGCGAUAUUUGUGGCAAACACUAUUUAACCAAGGCCAACUUGAAGCAACAUGGCCUGAAGCAUGAACAGAACUGCAAGCGCUACAGCUGCGCCACUUGCAACAAGUCCUUUCUCCGCCAGUCCACACUUAAGCUUCAUCAGCUACGCCAUGCUAAGCGUGCGCGUCAUGCCUGCUCACAAUGCAACAAGAGCUUCAAGGAUGCCAUGUCGCUGCAGCGGCACUGCCAGCUGCAUGACAGCACACAGCUCUAUCGUUGCCUGGAGUGCGAGGUAACCGUAAAGCGGCGGGACAAUAUGCUGCGUCAUUUACGCGCUAUACAUCCAGAUAUGAGCUUUGAGAGCGUGGUGGAAAUCGUAGAUGAAACACUUACACCUGCACCAGUAGCUGCGCACUCCAAGCGCCAUAGCGUCAUCAAAAGCGUAGGCAAUGUGGAGCCAGUGCAAGUGGAGGCUCCGCCUCAGCUUGAGGUGCCAACAGCAGCCGUUGAUGCCCAGCAAGAAAAUGUCAAACUUUAUCGCAAGAUUAUCUUGGACUUGGACAACGAAGAAUACUCAAAUGAGCUAAGCAAUCCACUUGACUUGGACGACUCGCUACCCAGCAGCGCACUGCCACAACAGCAGCGUCUGCCAGGCCAAGCUAUGUCCAAUUUUAGCGAGCGACAUUGGCGCAAGAACUUUAAGUAUUCCUAUGAAAAAGAACACACUAAUUGAUUAUGGGCCGCCUGUAUUG